UCGGUCUGUCGGAGGUUGGCUGUUCUCGACCUGCGGCGAGGCCGGCGCACCGCAGCCAUGACAGAGGCUGAUGUGAACCCGAAGGCCUAUCCCCUCGCAGAUGCCCACCUCACCAAGAAGCUGCUGGACCUUGUUCAGCAGUCGUGCAACUACAAGCAGCUUCGGAAAGGAGCCAAUGAAGCCACCAACACCCUCAACAGAGGCAUCUCUGAGUUCAUCGUGAUGGCAGCAGACGCUGAGCCCCUGGAGAUCAUCCUGCACCUCCCACUGCUGUGUGAAGACAAGAAUGUCCCCUAUGUAUUUGUGCGCUCCAAGCAGGCCCUAGGACGGGCCUGUGGGGUCUCCAGACCUGUCAUCGCCUGUUCUGUUACCAUCAAAGAAGGCUCUCAGCUAAAGCAGCAGAUCCAGUCCAUCCAGCAGUCUAUCGAAAGGCUCCUGGUGUAGGCCUGUGGCUCUGCCCUUCCCGACCGCUCCCACCCUACUCUGUAUCAUACCGUCUGUUAGCAUGUAGUGUCUUCAGCCAGUUUCUAUUAUAAAUAUUGCACUACAUCUGGUUUUUGUAUUUUUUAUAGUCUUACAGGAUUGUUCUGUCCCAUCUCCCCACCCUCUCCUACCAUUUUUAAAUGUUUCACUUAAUCUAAGUGAAAUGAUAUCUAGGGCAGGAGAGAGGCAGAAUGUCACAGUUUAACAGUGGGAAGAACCAGCGAACACCUAAACCAAGGAUAGUGUCUACUUUCAUCUGCAA